UGAAUCUUUGAAAGGCCUUCAACUUGCGAUAAAAGGAAAAACCAUCCUCACCCAAGAACUGGAGGAAAUGUAUGAGUCUUUUCUCAAUGGAAGAGUGCCUACGCUGUGGCAGAAACAUGCCUACAAGUCCUGUAAGCCCCUGAGUUCCUGGGUUAACGAUCUCAUCCAGCGAGUGAAUUUCUUCAACACUUGGGCCAAAAUGGCUUACACUGCAAUACAUCAUCGGUACAUGAGAUUUGUCGCCACCGGGAAGCAUUCCAUUCCAUCAUCCACCCAAAACCCCGGAUCCUCUGACAAUAAAACCAGUGAUUUCUGUGAAGGAUUUCCUGCAAGAUACUGGCUCCCAGCUUUCUUCUUUCCGCAAGCCUUUCUCGUUGCCGUGCUUCACGACUACGGACGGUCCCAAGGAAUCUCUCUCGGCGCCCUCACGUUUACCCACCGUGUGAUCUCGGACGCCGCUGACAGCAGAGACGAGGGGUUCUCCGCGGCCAUCCACGGGAACCUCAACACAGUCAGGACGGCCUUCGAGGGCACAGACCGCACUCAUGUCGGAGUUCACGUUUUCGGUUUAUUCGUCGAGGGCGCAAGGUGGAAUCGGGAACAAAACAUACUAGAGGACUCGCUGCCUCGUGAGCUCUGUUAUGAUUUCCCCGAAAUCUACUUCCUGCCAACAAAGCUUUCCACGGAGCGAGCAGGUGCUUCUGACCAGACAGGUACGCAGCUCCACACGUUUGAGUGCCCGGUGUAUCAGACGCCGGAGAGGUCAAGAACUGGGACAACCGCUGGCUUGCCUGCAGACUUCCUGACCUCCGUGCACUUACCCACGAAGAGACCCCCCAGUCACUGGGUCACAACGCGGGUUGCCUUGCUGUGUGAGAAAAAGGAGAAAUAAACGUGUGCACCACCCCACCUACUUUUUGUCUCUGAGCGGAUUUGUGACUCGGCACCCGCCACGAAAACACCCACGUGUUCAGCCAGACCGGACAGGUGCGGUCUU